AGACUUCAAAUGGUGUACCUUCAGGAAAUCGUCUACGUGUAGUGUUCAGUCGGUGCAUUCUCAGGAGCUGUUCUCCAGCAGCACAGCCUGCACUCCAAGCUUCUGCUGCACCGCUGCCUCGAGCUCCGGGGAUGGGGCGCAUGCGCCUGCCGCUUCGCUCCGGGCCCUGUGACUGAGCUGGCCUUUGAUUGACAGGUUGAAGGACGAGGCGCGGGCACGUGUCGGCGCUCGCUCCCGCCGCCGCUCCCGCAGCGUCUCCCCACCCCUCCCCCCAUCCCCCUGGUCCAGGGCCCGCACCUCGGCGUUACCCCGCCAGCGAACAUGGCGGCGCUCAGCCCGGAGCCCGCAGCGGGGCGGCUCCGAGCGGGCGCCCAGCUCUCGGUCACGGUGGAACACGUCGUCAGCGGCACCUUGGUGGUGUCCACCAACUUCGGAGGAAGCAGCUUCACCGGGAUCCUGAUAGAUAUGGCCAAGAAGUCUGGUUUGUAUGGUGUUCUCCCAAGCCAGUUUGCCAAGCAAGAGGAGUUUGCUGCCAGUUCGUGUGCCAGUGACUUCCUUGAUGGAAAAGAACAGGCAGUGCGUCAAACUGAGUCGCAGCUCUGCAACAUGCAAGUUUCCAACACAUUAGGCAGAGAUCAAAUUUCACCUAUUCAGCCAUUACCAGAAACUGUGCCUUGCUUUCCACCUUAUUGUGAAGGUGUACCUCUACCACAGCCAUUAGUAUUGAGACAGACUUACAAUCAAUGGGUUCCCCAGCCACCACCUCGGACAAUCAAGCGUACAAAAAGACGCCUGUCAAGGAAUCGCGAUCCUGGUAAGCUUAUAAUGAGCACCAUCAGACUGCGACCAAGGCAGGUACUUUGUGAAAAGUGCAAAAACACACUAAAUCAGGAGGAGGACGAUGAUGACAAAGAUAGACACAACAGUAAGAAUGAGAAAAAAUCUAGCAUGGAGGAAAAUGAAAAGAGAAAACCUGAGGUAAUGUGCUGUGAAAAUAGGAAAAUAAAAAAGGAAAAGAAAGAUGAUAAAUUUUCUGGUGAGCUGGUACAUCGAAGUCCUGUGAUAAAAAUAUCAUAUAGCACUCCUCAAGGUAAGGGAAAAGUUGUAAAAAUUCCCUCACGGGUACAUGGUUCAGUUGAGCCCUUUUGUCCUAAAAGAUUACUGCAAAAUGAAAGUGUGGACCAGGACAAGAAUGCAAAUUGUGAGGAAAUGGAGGUUCUUCCAGAAAAGUCAUUCUCUAGUCCACCUGGAACCAUUCCAAAGCUAAAACUGACUAGACCGUUGCAUUCCAGCGCAGACAUCCCACCACCUAGAAUUAGGUUAAAACCUCAUCGACUCAGUAAUGGGGACAGUGUUGCAAUUUAUAAGGCUGAGCUUGUAGAUAAUGUAAAUAGCAAUGCACAGCCUAAAAGGAGAUCAGAUAAUGGUACACUUCAUUCUGAAGAAUCUACAGGAAAGAGUUCAGUAGAGACGUCAGGGAGUUCUGGGGAGGAGGACCAAUGGCGGUACAAGAGGAGUCGUCGAAGCAAAGAUCAAGAUGAUCUGACUGUGUAUUUAAGUUAUAGGAAAAAAAGAGCAGAUUCGUCUAGUUUAUCGGUCUGUAGUAAUGAUAGUUUAGAUGAAUCGAAGUCUUCUAGUUCAGAGAUGACUUCGCCAGAAGUAUGUGAUUUUGCACCUGGAGAUGAUGCUUCUGUGUCGUCGUCUUCCAAAGAAGAAAAGACAGUGCCUCCUUUAACUGUGAGACUUCACACCAAAACUGUAAUGAAAUGUGUAACAGCUGAAGGCAGGACUAUAUCUGUUGGAGAUAUAGUAUGGGGGAAAAUUCAUGGCUUCCCCUGGUGGCCUGCCCGUGUUCUCAGCAUUAGUAUUAACAAGAAGGAAAAUGGGGCUCCACAAUGGCAGGAAGCCAGAGUGUCUUGGUUUGGAUCACCUACAACAUCGCUACUUUCUGUAUCAAAAAUCUCCCCAUUUUUGGAAUAUUUUAAAUUGAGGUUUAACAAAAAGAAAAAAGGAGUGUACCGCAGGGCGAUUACUGAAGCUGCAAAGGCAGCUGAUCACCUGACACCUGAAAUUCGAUCUCUUCUUUCACAAUAUGAAACUUAACUGAGCAGCAGCAACAGAUAGCUGAAGAUCAGGGGAAAGAUGAGUGGAUAUCCUUCCCAUGUUUUAACUGUCUCUGAGCUUCAACUAAUAUUCCAUUUUGUAUGGCAAUUACAUGGCUGUUGGAUCCUGGUGAAUUCUACCAAGUAAUCUUGAAGGACUGAGCUUGAGCUGUGACAAGCAAGAGAAAGGAUCAAGCAGAAGGAAGUCUGACUUUUCUUUUGGACUGUUAAUGGCUAUGACGUAGCCCAUAUUCUUAUGGGUGGACAGUGAAUGUUAUAAUUUGGAAUGUAACUAUUUAAGUCACUGUUUUCAUUGUCUGAGAUUGGUUUCAAUUGAAUAAAUUACUGCAAAAAAAUUCCAGGGUGAAUAAUCGACAAAGACUAGAGCCUUUUUUAUUUUGAUUCAAAUGAUUUUUUAAAAUUAUAUAGUGCAGUAGUUUUAAGGCAGCGAACAUAACAUGUCUUUAAAUACUGCAAAUGACUAUUUGUCUCAAUGGUUACGAGACAUUUUGGGUGUUUUUUUUGUAACUUCAUUGGCAUUUAGCAGCAUAUCAUUAUCAGUGCACUAGAUGCAAGGCUUGCAAAAUGCUAAUGUUACCUCUUCUCCAGCAUUCACUGGACCUGUACCCAAUGAACAAGUAAUGCUGAACAAUAACUUAUUGUUAAUUAUGAAAUAAUUUAAAGCAGUUCAAUGGUAUAGUAAAUCAUGAAGUUGUAACACAAAUUUGCCAUAGGGAAAAGUUACUUAAAAUGAACCAUUACUAAGAAGAAUCCAUAGACUAACAUGUUGGCCCUUCCAUUUGCUCUCAAGCAAUAUCAUGGAUAGCAUUAACCUGUAUCUCUAAUCAUGUCAUCUUUCAGUGUAUCAAUUCAAACUAACUUUAGUGGCUUUCUUUAAGGUAUUUUGAACACUGAAGUUGAAGUAAUUGAGCAAGCCAUGAUAUUAAAUUUAAAUGUGCUAUUAACAGCACUGGACAUUACAUAACAAGUUGUGUUAGAAGAUGCAAUUGUAAUCCAGGCCACUGUAGAUUAGUAGAACUGUUCUAUUGUUUGUUCCACCAUUGCAUUUUCACUUCCAGUCCUAUUAUAUGCAUGAAGUUUACCAAAAACUGAAGUGCUUCCAUAGAAAUAAGCCAAAAUUAAUUUAACGGGGAGGAAAAUGCAGUUCAAAGAAAAUCAGGCCAUGUGAAGAUUGUUUGCAUAAUAUCUGACUUGGUGAAAGGAUUAACAACUUUGAGGAAUGCAUUGCUUUUAUCUUUUUGAAGGGUGUCUCCAAUAUGUUAUGAACUUUUACAGUGAAAUUCACGAUGAUUGAGCCCAAGUUUCUUUAAAGAAGCAGUGAUUUAUUCCAUCAUUACUGAAAAGACAAUACCUGCAAGAAUACUGGUGUCUUUACCUUGUCUAUGCUGCAAAACAGCCCUUUAGAGCACUUAAAUACUAUCAGUUGGUAAGUGUACCUUUGCAAUAUGGAUCCACAUAAAUCCAGCACUAUACUUUUUCAGUUUUUGGUCAAGUGUGGUGUUUGCAACUAUAUAAUUGAAAUUGGCAGCCUGACAGGUAGGAGUGAAAAUUUGAUCCUUUUGCAAAAUGCUUGUGUGCUAACAUCAAACAAAUUAGGUUCAGACUAGAACAUGUACAGAAGGACGUUUACAGUUCUAGAGGUGGCUGAACCUUUGUGGAACUGCAUUGAAGCAUGAGCUGAUGCCUUCAGAAGGGCAAAGGUGAAUCCAAGAAAUGGAAUGGAAAUGUUUAUCAAAGCAAUUAUUUUGUAUGCAUGCAUGGAGUUAAUGGAUCAGUUGUUCUCUACUGUUAUUUUGUUGGAGCAGCGCAUCAUGUUGCAUGUAGGUGCAUUCCAGACAAUGUCCAUCUGUAUUCAUUACGAGCAUUUAGAAGAACUGAGCAGACAACUUUGAAAAGUAUGGAAUAAUUCUUUUUUUUUUGCUAAUUUCAGGUAUAUAUAUCUAGGGAACCAGAGACCUGUCCAAAGGUGCUACCAGCAUUUCCCCUAGUAAGCCAAUUCUUGUCUCAAAAUUCUGUUUUGGGGUGUUCAAAGAAACCUGAAUGAGAGCAGAUAUAUUAGAUUUGCAGAUCUUCAGUGUAACGGACUUAUUUUCUGUACAGUUUGUCAACCUGUUCCUGCAAAAACUUGUUUUCAUCUUUUUUUCAUCUUAAUUGUUUCCAGUACCUUCUGAGAAGGAAUGUUUAACAAUCUCUUAUUGUAGUAUAGUUGCAAAAGAACUGCGUUUAUCUAAUUUAUAACCCCAGUUUCAAAAAUCACAUGCUUGUUUUCGUACUUCUGGUGAAAUCACUUUUUAGCGUGCAAAGUGGUUUUAGCAGUAAAAACAUGGCUGCUGCUUCCUUGAGUGGAAUAAUUCUUCCUUGUGCUAAUAGUGAAGCCUUAUGAGCUUAUAUUUGGAUGGGGCGUGGGGAAGAGAGAUAAAAAUUAAAUCCUGCAUGUACAAUAGCUUUCAUCCAUCAGUUUACCAAAUUGUUUACAAGAGUUGAUGCAGAUGAUAGGUGCCUUCCUACUUAUACAGGGACAACUUCAACCAGUGGCUGCUGCCAAUUAUAAUCAUUUUUAGCGACGACUCUGCUUUAUGGUGGUGUGGAGACAGAAGAUUGGACUCCUGUGUACACUUGUGAAGCCAUAAGACCCAUUGUUAUGUUGAACAACACAUUUUAGAUUCAAAAGACCAAUCUGCUGUCAUUUGAUUUAAUUUCAUUUUCUUAGGAAAAUUGAAUGCUGAGGUAAAGCUCUGCCUUGCUUAUUGACAGUUUUGUUUACCUAAACACUGGAGAGUUCCACUGUGUUAGAAUUUACUCUGAUAACAAGAUGGUAAAAGGCUGCUGCAGGCAAUUAUCUUGUGUGUAUGGCUCUCAAUGGUUCUAGAUAAAAUUGCAACUGCUCCAUUUGGACAGCAGAGCAAACCAACUGGAUUUAGGUAAAAUGCAGAAUUAGAAGACCCCUUGGAGUCACUUACAAGCUGUGGCAUGUGAGGGACAGCAUAGAACCUCAACUUCAAUGACCCUGCACUGAAAAUGUCAGCCUCAAUUGGAUUUGAUUUCCUGGGUUGUAAACUGCAGUGAAUGAUAAUAGAUUAUAUACUCUACAGGAGAUUUUUUUAAAGUGAUUGUAGCAAUGAAUUUUAAAAUGUGCUCUGCUGUACUUGUAAACGCUAGUGAAUUGUAUUCAGUCUUUGUAUGACUUGCUUUACAACAGAUUGACAUUGUGUAUUUACUAGUGCACUUCCACCGUACAAACUGCUGAUGUAUUGGGAGUAGCAACAAGAUAAAAAGUU